GAACGCGAGCGCAUGUGUCGAGUGACGUUGCGAGUGUAGCCUGCUGCCGAGUUGUGUUUACGAAAACUGUGUUGUGUGUUGUGAUACUUUCCCACCAGGAUCUGACAGGUUGUCCCAAGCUGUCUCGCCACAAGGAAUUGCCAGUAUUUACGUGACCUCCGACAUCAUUUGUCCAAGAUGAGGCCGUAGUCGCGAGCAUAGCAUGGGCCAGGCAGGCAGCCAGUUGGGCGCAGAGCAGCGCACGCGCCGCUCCAACACCUUGCCGCACGAGCCACUGCGACACGCGCCCAAGGUCUUGCCAUCACUGACAGAGUCUCCCCGGCUGCGGAGUACGGACAAUGGCGCUAUCUUGCAUUCCGGAGGCACCAUAAGCGGGAGGAGGCCUGGCUCCUUGCUACAAGAAAGCUCCAGGGUGCCACACGGACAUGUCCACUCCAACGCCUUUAGAUCGAGGUCAGCUGGAGUCCCUGCGGACAACGAGCAGAGAUCCAGAGAACGGGAUCCCUUACAUCGAUCACAUACGAACCUAGACUUCAAGCAUGACUCUACUGGUUUAAAAAGGUUCGGCUCGGAACCUGAUUUGAGGAUUGAAGAGGAGCCACAAAAGCCAACAAGAUGCGCAAAUAACAAAAACUUUAGGAAAAAAUAUCGAGCUCCCCCGCCACCAAACCAUAAUCAUCUGGAAGGUUCAUCGCCAGGUUCCACUGAAAGGAACGCGAAAAUGGAACCGCAAAGAAAGCUCAGACUAUUUAGAACUAGAAACGAGACCAAAAAACUAAAUGGUCACAUGGAUUCAAAGAUCCCUGUUUACAAAAACACAUACACUGAUUUUAAAUCAUUAGACUUCAACGAUAAUUUCGAAAGACGAUACAAAUCUCCGUGCAAAGAUGAUAAUGAUCAUAAGGAACAGAAUUUUAAAUAUACUGACAAUAAAGAUAUGGUCCAAAGUAUGGCAUCAUUAAAAAAAGAAGAAAGACUGCUGCAGACCAGGCAAGACAACAGAGUAACGAGAACUGAUAGGGUCAGUGGAUGUCGGGCCAAAACAUCGAAAACGAAUGAACCAAGUGAGGCGUGGAAAACACCUCUCUUAAACAGAAACUUUAGACAUUCCGAGCGGUUCAACAAGGAUGAUAACUCACAAAGAUUACUGAGAAGAGAAAAGACCUUUGAUGACACCCUAAUCAUAAGCGAAAGAGAAAAUGAUUCACCUAGAGCUUUACACGAAAAGAGAAAAAAAGCUGUAGGCGAAGAGUUAAAUCAUAAUAAGCUUAGUCCGUUAGGUCAUAGAAACGAACCGUUGAGAAAAUCUCUUCCUUCGUUACUAAACAAAAGCAACGAAGAAAAAGAUGAGUUUCAGGAAGAACUCAAGAAAGCGACAAGUAGAAUAAGAAAAGAGUUAGGAAAUAAAUUAAAUAUAAGCGAAAAAACUAGUCAAAUCGAUAAAACGAGUACACAGAAACUAAACCCAACGAAAUCGGCAACAGCAAGCAAAGUCAAAGAGUCUAGUCUUAAAACAAAUAGUAAACAAGAUUCUAAACCAACAAGUAAUAUAACAAGAAGGCCAUUAAGUCGAAUAAAUGAAACUAAGCAAAAAACAACAACACACUGUAAAUUACCAUCAAAUGAUAUAAGCAAGUAUAAAUUGGAGAGUAAAGAAAAUGUGAGAGCAAUGCCGGAUAGAGGACAGGCUUCUGGAAAGGAAUCAACGCCUGAACAUUCACCAACAAGAAAAAAAGAAGCCUUAAGACGAGCUACACAAGAAAAGCAAAGGCCAGCUCCAUCAAAGCAGUUCUAUUUCGGUAUGAUCGAGUCUAAGAAGACAGAGCCACAAGAUCAUCUUAAAGAUUUCCCAGGCCUGGGCAGCCCUAUUAUCGAAGAGCUGAGUAACUUUCACCUUAUAGAACAGAAAUUACUGGGAUAUCAUGACGAGGAUGAAAUGGAGAAAUUCAAUGAAAAACUUAAGGAAGAUUGUAAAAGAAAUUUGUCAUCUGAGUCAGCUUUAUCAACAGACGGGUCAGAAGGUGAAGGCUCAGAGGGUUCUCUAGGUAUCGCCCUCCGGUUGCGGCCCACUAUACCUAAGAAACAGCCAAAUACUCCACGCUUCUCACCGGCUGCCGCAUGGAGACAACUUGCCAGUUUGGAUGCUCAUCUUGCCGAAACGCAACCACUAGCUGUAGAGACCAAAGUAUCAGCGGACAUAUCGCCAGAGUCGUCACCGCGGUCCGACCAGUCCGCUGACAAGUCCGGCGACUCGGGCAUUUCCGCCGACCAUGGACACAGCGAUCAUAGGAUAGAUUCUCCUAGACACGUAACAGAUCAAGCAGCAACAUGGACACCGCAGCAGGACUUGGGGGACAGCAGUUCAGACGGAGCCGGGGCUGACCACCCUCACCCCAACGUGGUGACCUACAGCCCCGGGGCGCAGCCCUUCAGUCUCAGCUUGCCCAGGGAUCAGGAUAAAGGCAAACAACUCCAGCAAGGAUUCAACAGCCUCCAGAAGCUUCGGAAAUCAGUAUCAGGAGCAUUGGGAGCUGCGUUGGGUUCUAGAAGAUUCGAUUUAGAACACGAGCCGAUGUUGGAAGAACCGGAACAAAAUUGGUUUCUGACAAAAUCAGCUCCCAAUUCAUUAAGCAAUCCUUUGCUGUACCAUCAGCAAUUGAGGACUAAGGUUUCUGAUGAGGUUGUAAAGGCGGAACCUGCUAUAUGUUCAGAUAAGGCUAAAGAAGAAGGCAAAAGAUGGCGGAGCUCGUACGUGAACUGGGGCGGACACGUGAUGUACCUACCCCCAGCCCCCGACCAGCCACUCUCCGUUAUGUCCACGGACCGACCUAUAAGGAGCAAGUCCAGUGGUUGUCUGGAGGUAGCGGCGCGGGCGGCGCGAGCGGCGGCGCUGGCGGGCGAGAUGCGGGAGUGAGAGCGCUCUGCGUCGCCGGACGUAGCGCGGGCGGUGCCGGCGCGGGUGGAGCCAGCCACGCGUAACGGAAACGCGGGUAGAGGGAAGCGUUUCACCUUCCAGUCCACAGUGAGGCAGGUGGAAAGGCGGAAGAUUGCGGAGAAACUGUCCCGAGAGGCGGACCUGAAGGAGCAACAAAGAAGAACAGAGCUGGAGGCCAUGCGGAGGGUUGAAGAGGAGUUCCAGCGGAAGCGUGCGAGAGAGAAGGCUAGCAUCCGACAACAACUGAGGCUCGUGAGCAGCGGAGCCAACAGCAUGCCACCGGUUACCCAUCACAAUAAGACGAGAGACGAGCCCGAUGGAUCGUGUCGCGAUUCUCCAACGGCGGAAAGAACUCGUGACGCUCGUCAAAGGCACAGCAACACCUCCUCGGAAGCCAGUGGCAGAAGCAAGAGCACUACGCCGAUCCGGUGCGUGGAGCUGUCGGAGUGGCGCACGGAGAACGGCACUCGCGUGUACCGCGACUGGGCCGUGCAGGCUGCGCUUGCGCACGCGCAUCCGCCCGCGUGUGCGCGAAUGCCCAUGUCCGUGCACAACAACUACAACGCAAUGGAAGGCUCCGCGUUCAGCGGCAGCCCGCGCUCCGACAACUACCGGCUGGAGUUCGCGCGCGGCCGCUCCCCCCGCACGCCGCGCACGCCCCGCGCGCCGCGCCUGCUGCCCGCCACGCGCUCGCCCGCCUCCUCCACCAGCGGCUCCGAGCUGUCGCUGCGACAGCCCAUCAAGAUCAGUGAACCAACUAAAGAAGAAGACGCGGAUGAGCCCGCCAUCGUGCCUACGCUGCGGCCAUCCGGACCCGCGCGGCCUGCCGUCGCCACCCGAUGACCUGCCACUCACCCAACAAUAUGUCCUGCCAUUAACCGAAAACCGUAAUGUUACUACAGUAUCAUCGCAGAGAUACUAGAUUUUAUUAAAGUGUCAAAGGAAAUGAGAUCUAAUUACAUUGGAUUUAGAGUCGUACAUUCUAUAACACAGGUUUUCAUGUUCCGAGCUUUAGCUAUAGAACACGAUGCGCUCGAAUUUGAACUUUAAAGCAAUCCAGAAAAGAUAAUAUUUUACUUUAACGUCCCUAAUUUAAAGGUGCUUAGGUUUCUGUAACCUUGCUAUGAGUAUUCCAGUAUCGAAAUCUUUGUUAUUUUCAAGUAACACUGUGAACCGGACAUUAUGACUCGUAUUUUUAAAGUUCAAAUUCAUUUACAGUUCUUCAACCAGCGCUCGUAGGAUUACGUUUGUAAAAUAAAAACCAUUAGCACAGAGUUUACGACUUUAGCAUAGAGACGUAAGGUAAAUUUUUCUUUGACUAAGGUAAGGGGGUAAAUGAGAUAGUAGUUAGGGUGUAGACGGCUAUACCGUUCAUUCUAAAAUCUCUUACAAUUUAAUCUCAUAAUACUUUUUAGAGAUUAUAGUAAUGUGUCUCCGAAAUUGGUCACUAAAAUUAUUUACUUGAUAAGUAUUUUAUGUAAAUGUAUGAUGUACUUAAUUUAGAUAUAUACACUUUAUUAGUAAACAAUGCAAUAGCUAUCGUCUUCCGAAUGUAAGUAAUAUUGAAGCUUUAAUCUAGACAUAACUGUACUCUUACUAACUUCUAGACUUAAUAAAGGUGCUAAGAAUAAAUUAUUUACUGAGUAUUUAUGAGUGUCGACAACAUGUUAUGCGGUAUUUGGACAAAUAGUGGAACCAAUAUUUUAUACCAAAUUUCGCAAGCGACGUAAAUACGUGCAUUUUGUUUUUCACAUAUUAAAAGCAUACUUCGUUUUAAAAUCUUUUUAAACGACUUGCAAAAAGGAGGAGGUUCUCAAUUCCCUAGUGUUUUUAUUCCUAGGUUUCCUAGGUUUGUUACUAACAAGAAAAUCAUUUUAUAUUUAAUGAAAAAGAUGACCCUAAUCUAUAAUAAUAUUAUAAAACUGAAGAGUUUGUUUAUUUGGUUGAACGCACUAAUCUCAGAAACUACGAAUUGAAAUUUAUUUCUGUGCUGGAUAGUCCAUUUAUCGGGGAAGGCUAUAUAACAUUACGCUACGCAUAAUAAGAAAUAACGCAAAAUCAGGAAAAAUAUAUUUCUUUAGUGGUUUUCUUAAAACCAAAUAAACGCGGACGGCGCCGCUGACAACAUCUAGUCGUUAAAUAUGAAAAUAUAUUAAAUGCCGGACCUAAAAAGUUUACCUGUUCCGUUAAUGCAUGAAUAUGCAAAUGACUGAUGUAUUUUACAUGACUUCUCAUAAAAAUAGGCUAUAGCCGACAAUAAUAGCCGUAAUAACCGUAAGGCGGGUACAAACGACGGGCGCGCCGUAAGUGGGCUAACGCUAGGCUUGCCGGCUACAAUGGUCAUUUCCGGGAUUUACUUCAUCGAUAUCCGGGACUGUGUCGCACGAAAAAGCUGUUUUCAGGGUUUUGCAGUUCUAUAUAACAGAAUUAUAUUUGUCCCGCAAUGGAAAUUUUGUCUUAUGUAGCUGAAUUGAAUUGGCGUAGGUACUAUCGUCGUAGUAGUAUUUUAGAAUAACAGUUUACUAAGACAUACCAACGUCUAUAAAACAAGGAAUAACAUUCUAAAACGGCGGCGGAUUGGCGCAGUGGGCAGCGACCCGGCUUUCUGAGUCCAAGGCCGUGGGUUCGAUUCCCACAACUGGAAAAUG